CGCGGCGCAGACAUGCUGUGUUCUGCGCGCUGCUCCUGCUUCCUGUGCCGCGAGCUGCAGUCCUGCCGUGCCGCUGACGCCAGGAAGCCGCCCAACAAACACAAUAUGGCCGACAACUUUAUACUCAAAAAGGCGGAUGCCUGGGAGCCUAUAAAAUUUAUCCGCGGCGCCGCGAGACUCUCCGUAAGGCACUGGCAGAACAGAGAGCCUCAGGCCCACCCCAAGGCCAGGAUAGCUACGCAUAAGUCGACGAGCUGUGAACAGCUGUAUCCGAAAUCUGAAGAAGAACCCGGUCCCUAUCCUCUCCGGAAAGCUCCCAGCACGGACAGGAUCAAGCCGCAUACGGAACAUAAACCACUGUUUAAGUUACUAGGAAAUGCGCGACCGAAAAAAGUUAACAAUAACGAACCUUCGGAAUCUAAAGUGCGGAGGAGUGUGCUCAACUUUAGAAAAAACGAAGGUUCGCCUUCGAAGUCCACACACGAGAAAUACAUCCCCUUGCCGCAGGUGUCCUCUCACAAGGAGCUCAUUUACAAUGAACCCAAGCACUGGGCGUCGCAGCUCGACGACUGCUGUCGACCGCCUGUGUACAAGAGUGUCGAAAAAAAGAAAGACGAUACCAAAGGUUCCGUAGCCGAGAAAAAGAUUUACAAUAACAGACCGCCCUGCUACGAGGAGUUGGCCGAACGGUUGUCACAAGAUAAAAAUAAAAAAACGAAACCCGUUGUAGACGGAGGACUGGCAAACAAAAUUACCCAAAACAACAACAAAGUCGUUAUUUACUUCGGAGACUCCAUCAUCCGGAAGCAUAGUGAGCAGAAGAGGGAAGAAAAAGAAACUAGACAGAGAGAGGCAACACCUUCGAAAGAUGAAGCUAUAUAUGUGAACCGUAUAGUAGAAGAUGCCAAUAAUGUGAGCGUGAGUAGAGAAGAAGACAAGGGCGGGACGCAGAUGAUAUCAGAAAUCGAAGUGCCCGAGGCCAUAUAUGCAGAGAUAAAACCUGAAGGUGAAUUAGAAGUUCCAGAAGUGACUGCUAUCAAUGACGCGACGUACAAGAAGGACGUGUUCGAAUCUGUGAGCCCAGAUGGGUUUCUGGUGGUGGAGUUUGAGGGUAAUUUUGAGAGAGCUCGGCAGCUGGUGGAGCUGGUGCACGGCGGCGGGGAGCGGCACGAAGCCACUACGCUGGACGAUGAGGACCAAUGCGACUGGAGCUUCAUACAGGACUGGAGGAAACGACCUUCAAGCGGUUGCCGGCCAUCCGAAGAAGCAUCUUGGAGUGGAGCAGCAGGGGUAUCCAGUGCCGUACCUGUCAAUGUUACCAGCACUGCAACUGGCGCCGGUGCUGGGGGCGUGGCCGGUGCUGGAGUAAGCGGCGCGGGGACUGUCACCAGCCCCGGUGCUGUCAGCGGCGCGGGGGGAGCGCGGGCGCUACGCGUGCGCGUGUCUGGAGGCGCGGCGCCUGCGCACGCGCGACGUCUCUCCCCUCCCCCGCCCGCGCAUCGGGCUACAACUCCCCCGCCACCCUCCGAUUUGCCUAAUAAACCCAGUCACGAUGAGUGCGGAGCAGUGGCCGAGGCGCAAUCCGUUCAGUUGGCGCAGUCGGUGCAGUUGGCGCAGUCGACGCAGGCGCAGUCUGCGCAGGCGGCGCAGCUGAAGCCGGUGGCGGCGGUGUCGCAGCUGACGGUGGCGAGCGCCCCGGUACGCAGCGCGCCCGCGCAGAGCAGUCACGCUCUCGACCGCCGCGCCAGACACGAGCACCAUCACCGCGCACUCGACACAGCGCCACAAAUACAGAAUGGAGUCCGCGAGUGCAACAGCAGCUCGGACGAGAACCGGUCCUCAGGGCACGCCUCGAUGUCGGACAGCGGUGGCGCGGAGGCGCGCGAGGAGCCGCGCCGCGCCCGACAGCCGCCGCACGCGCGCACCAAGCACCGCCCACACAACAAGUUACAGUCGCCGUGGCCAGGAGGCGGCGGGCUGGAGGACAUCAGGUCCGCCAUCAAGCAGCUGACGCUGCGCUCGCGCGACAGCAGCAGCACGGCCACCAGUGGUGCCUCCAGCGGCGGCAACACCGGCCCGCCAGACGGUGGCAGCGCGGCGGACUCUCGGCGCCGGCGCGCACCUCUCGUGCGCCAGCCCUCGCUCGACACAGUCUGCACCAACGUCACCAGCGCCGAUGAGUUCGUCUGGGUCGACUCCCACAACAGACUGGUGGAGCUGCGGUGCGUGCCGUGGACGGCGAGCGAGGUGGCGCGCGCGCUGCAGGCCGGCCGCUGCCGCGAGCUGGCCGCCGGCAUGGCGCCCGACACCCCGCCGCGCCUCGCCUACCUGCUGCAGAGGGCGCUCGUACGGGUGGCGCGGGAGGCGCAGCGCCUAUCGCAAAACUUCGGCUUCUGUUCGAAGCACGAGGUGGCCGGCGCCUUCCGCAUCGUGCUCAGCACCGCGCUCGCAGACUCUUGCAUCAAGGGGUGUCAGCGCGCGGCGACGAUGUACGCGACCUCGGGCAGCGCGGCGCGGCGGCUGGGCUCGGCGGCGCGCGCGCGCACCUCGCUGGCGCCCGGCCGCUUCCAGCGCUGGAUGCUGGACGUGCGCGUCGCGCCCUUUGUGCACGAAUACGCGGCCAUCUACCUGUGCGCCGGCAUGGAGACGCUGCUGGAGGAGAUCGCGCUGCUGGCGGUCGCGGAUGGCGGCGGUCCGCUCUCUCCCGCCGCGCUCGACCACGCGGUGGCGCACUGCGCCGAUCUGUGGGGGCUGCUGCAGCCCUACAGCCACCUCAACGCCGGCCGCGUGGCCUCAGGUGCUCUCUCUCUAUCUCGCUGGGAGUCCAUGAGCUCGGUGGGCUCGGGGUCGUCGUCGGGUGCGCCGCGUCCCGAGCACCGCCAGCUCGGCCUCAGCCAUGACUCCGGGAUCACGACUAAUGGAUCAGGAGGUUCCGGGACGUCGGCGGCGUCGGGCGGCAGCUCGGGCGCAUCGGCCGCGUCCGGCGCCUCGGUGCUGCUGACGACCUGCGCGGGCUCCGCGGCCGAGCUGCGCGCCGUGCUGCGCCGCGUGCAGCCCGCGCUGCCGCCGCUCUCGCCCGCCGCCGAGCGCGCGCUCUACUACUACAUGCGAUGCUCGCAGCUGGAGCACUCGAGUGGGCCCGGAGGCGUGUCCGCCGUGUCUGGCGUGUCGGGUGCGGCGGGCGGGUGCGCGGCGUGGGGGGCGGCGCUGUGGGGCGAGCGCGGCGCCGGCGCGCUGCCGCCGCUGGGCGAGUGGGUGAGAGCCGCGCGCGCUCACGCCGCCCUGCGCGCUCCGCCCGCCACGCCGGACGCAGAUGACGUGCGCCAGGCCGCGCGCCUUCUCCUGCCCCACGCCGACUGCCCUCCCAGACCUGUCGGGGCGGAGGAGGAGGUGGAGCCUGCGUGGGCGCGGUGCUCCCGCAGCGCGGAGGAGCUGGGCCGGCUGGCGCUCUCGCUGGCACACCGCGCCCUGCUGGCGGGCCGGCCCGACCUGCUGGGCGGGGCGCGCGCGCUUCUGCCGGCGCACGGCCUGGACGCGCCCGACGCCGCCGGCCUCACCGUGCUCAUGAAGGCGGCGCUGGCCGGCGAUGAACACGUUGUAGCGAUGCUGCUGGAGGCGGGCGCGGACCCAAACGUGGAGACGGCGGGCGCGGCGGCGCAGCAUUCUGCGCUGCUGUCCCCGCGCUCCCCCGCGCACGCCCCGCACGCUCCGCCCGCCGCCACCUCAGAUCGCUGCUCCUGGACCCCGCCCACCGCGGGAUGGACGGCGCUGGUGUACGCGUGCGGUCGUGCUGGUCCCGGCGCGCUGGAGGUGGCGCGGCGUCUGCUGGCCGCCGGCGCACGCGUCGACGGCGCGCCCGCCCGCGGUGACGACGUCUGCACGCUCACGCCGCUGCAGGUGGCGUGCGGUGUCGGCAACCUGGAACUGGUGCAGCUGCUGCUGGCGCACGGCGCGGACCCCUUCCUCUCCACGCAGCGCACCGACGCCCUCUGCUACUCCGCCGCCGCGCAGUACGGCUGCUACAGUGCGGUGGCGGUGUGCUGCUCGCACGGGCGGCGCGCCUGCCUGCUGGCGGCGGUGCGGGGCGGGCGCGGGGCGGGGGCGGGGGCGGGCGCCGUGCUGUCGCUGGAGGAGGUGCUGGCGGAGGGCUCGCCGCCACCCGCGGGCCGCGCGCCUCCCUUCACCAAGCAGCAGCAGCGCGCUCUGCACGACGCCAUGUACUACGCGGCCGAGAGCGACCACCUCGACAUAACGCUGGAGCUGCGCGCGCUGGGCGUGCCGUGGUCGCUGCACGCGUGGACGCUGUCGCUGGCGGCCGCCGCGGACGCCGCGCUCGACCACGUCAUCGACCAGCUGCUGCAGGACUUCCUGCAGGUGUGUCCGUCUGACGACAGCCACUACAGCAAUCAAUUCAUCUACGAGUGCCUCCCGCUGCUGUUUAAUAUCCUCCGGUACAGCAAAAAGGAGGGCACGGUGCUGCUGCUGGCGGACAUCCUGUGCGCGUGCUACGGCUGGGAGGCGGUGCCGCGCGUGCAGGAGCCGCCGCCCGCCGCGCCCGCGCCCGCACGCGUCGACCCCUCCUACGUCAACAACCCCUCGCUGGCCGACGUCACCUUUCGGGUUGAGGGGCGGUUGUUCUACGGACAUAAAAUCGUGCUGGUGUCGGAGUCUCCGCGGCUGCGCAGCAUGCUGGCCCCCGCGCGCGCCGACCUGCCGCCCGCCGCGCCGCCCCUCGUGCAGAUCAACGAUAUACGAUACCACAUCUUUGAGCAAGUGAUGAAGUACCUGUACUGCGGCGGGUGCGCGGGGCUGCAGAUCCCGGAGGGUGACGUGCUGGAGGUGCUGGCGGCCGCCUCCUUCUUCCAGCUGCUACCGCUGCAGCGGCACUGUGAGGCGCGCGCCGCCGCCGCACUCGACCUGCACAACCUCGUCUCCGUCUACAUACACGCCAAGGUGUACGGGGCUACGCAACUGCUGGAGUACUGCCAGGGUUUCCUGCUGCAAAACAUGGUGGCUCUGCUGACGUAUGACGACUCAGUGAAGCGACUGCUGUUCGGCAAGCGGCUGCCGGGCCACAACGUGCUGGGCGCGCUGCUCACCACGCUGCAAAAGAGAAUAGAGUCCAGAAAGGGGCAGUCAAAGAGUAGGUAGCAAAAGAGUGACGAUCAAAUAGUUACUAACGAACAGCAGUCAAAGAGUAGGUAGAGUUAGGUCAUAGAGUUAGAAGUCAGAGGCGCUGGACCUUCGUUCAAUGUCCAAAGUCUGUGAAUACAUUUGCUUUCUUCAGUUAUUAAAUGUAAAGCAGAAAAUAUUAUUUAAAUGUAAUUAAAAGUCAACAUCUAUUUUUAAAUCAAAUUUAUUUUUGUACACUUCAAUUUUUCUCAAUAAGUAACAAAUGUAUGUUAAAUAGUACGUAUACCUUAUUUGUAAUAUCACGGUGACACGUUCGAUUUACGUAAUGUGUUUUAUAAUUUUUUUAUUGUAACUUUUCAAAUAUAAACACACUUAUAAAAUACAGAACUUAAUUUUAUUGAAUAUUGAUUGCAACAAAUAUAUCAGUGCACGUACUGUCUGGCUGUAUUUCUGUCCGCAAAGCAGGAUGAAGUUUGUUCCAAUCUCCGGAACAACUUCAUCCGGCUAUGGUCUAAUUUUUUCACUAAUAAAAUAACUCGUAUUAUUUUGUUUGUAAAAUUCAUGGUUUUCAAGAUUUAUAUUUAAUUUAUUUAUUAAUAACUAAAAGUGUUGAAUAAAAAAUGUAAUGACUACACAUUUAAAAUCGUAUAUAUAUUCUACAUAACUUAUUACUUUUUUCUGGUAAAUAAAAAAAAUAAUCCCGUAUAUGUAUGAUCUUUAAAUUAUAUUGUAUUUUGUAAUUUUGAAUAGUUAAUAAUAACUGAUGAAGUUAUGUCAUGUUUACGAUAAUUUUACUCUGUUUAAAAACAAUACGCACAAAAUAAAUUAUAACUCAUAGUGGCUUUGUUUUUGGUUGAAAUGUUUGUGUUGUAUGUACAAAAUAAUCAUUGAUAUUGGACAUUGUAUAAAUCUCAAAUCAUCUUUAAAAAAAAGUAAAUAAGUAAUCUAUUAUAUAAGUACA